AUGGCAGCUGCCGUCGCGACCGCCCACACCCCUCUCGAGGGCUAUGUCGUGAGUAAAUGCCCGAUUUCGAGCCUCCAGUAUGGCACAUCAUUCUCUCGCGCACUCAGAAUUCGAGCUUCGUGUGACGCAUCUGACGCUCUACUCGCUUUCAUCGCAGGGUUUCGAUUCCAUCACCUCUCAGAUCGAGGCUAAGCUGUUGAAGCGGGGUUUCGCGUUGAACAUUAUGGUUGUUGGACAGACUGGUCUUGGAAAGAGCACGCUCAUCAACACGCUCUUUGCUAGUCAUUUGAUCGACUCUAAAGGUCGUCUGGAGGCAUACGAGAGUCCUAGAAAGACCACCGAGAUCCACCCCGUCUCCCAUUGUGAGUCACGACUUGGAAGCCUUGCAGAUUGGUGGCCUUCGUGGGUAGGGGCGAAGAAAACCGCAUGUUGAUGAAUGGGCUGCGAGGCACGCAUUGUGGUUGCUGUAAUUGAGAUGGACAGGCAUCAUGCGGAUAGCGCGCACCUUGGUCGGCAAGAUUCGGCGAAGGCGAUGCUUCGGGCUGUUCGAAUUAGAGAAGAUAGGCCAGGGUUCGAGGCUUUUUGUGUGCGCUGGACUGGAAGGCUUGUGGGCCAGCAGGGUUGGAACGAUGUAGAGCGAGUGGCCUACCAAACGAGAGCAAGCGAGCAAUUACGUCUUCGUGGCAAGACCAGUUGCUGACGUAUCGCCCGUCUAUUGGCAUCUGCAGUGGUGAUCGAGAACGGGGUCAAGCUGCGCCUAAACAUCGUAGACACCCCUGGCUACGGAGACCAAGUCAACAACGAUGCUUGCUGGGACCCCAUCAUCAAGCACAUCAAAGACCAGCACAGCGCCUAUCUGCGUAAGGAGUUGACCGCCAUGCGCGAGCGCUACAUUACCGACACGCGUAUUCACGUCUGCCUGUUCUUCAUCAACCCGUGAGUAGCUCGAAUGCGCUGAGGCACGACCUGCUCAUGAACAAGCUAUUCAUAAUCUCCCACCUUGCUGACAUUGCGGGCUGCCUCAUCUAGUACUGGUCACGGACUGCGCCCCAUCGACGUGACUGUGAUGAAGAAGCUGUCUGAUGUUGUGAAUGUUGUACCUGUCAUUGCCAAGUCCGACAGCUUGACUUUGGACGAGCGCGACCUCUUCAAGGAAAGAAUCCGCGCCGAGAUGCAGUACAACAACAUUCGCGUCUACCCCUUCGACGACGCGGAUCUGGAGGAUGAGGAGAGGGAGCUCAACGAGCGCAUUCGCGUGAGUAUGCGUGCGAGUCAGUCAGACUCGAAAGCAGGUCGGGUGGAAAGAUUAUGAUGGGAAUGAAAUCACUGCAGCGUUCCCGCUGAAGGCAAGUUCUCACACUACCUUUUCUUCUACUGCAGGCUUUGAUUCCCUUUGCCGUCGUAGGCUCUGAGAAGCAGGUGGUCAUCGAUGGCAAGGCUGUGCGCGGGCGCAAGAACAGAUACGGAGUCAUCAACGUUGAGAAUGAGAACCACUGCGAGUUUGUCUACCUGCGCAACUUCCUGACCAGGACGCACUUGCAAGACCUCAUUGAGACCACCGCACACAUUCACUACGAGCAGUUCCGCUCCAAGCGUGAGUAGCAAAGCUUUCUGAUUGCACCUCUGCCUAGACACCUGCCUGACCGCCUCUCGAUUUCAACUUUCCCAGAACUGCUCGCUCUCAAAGAGUCCAGCACUCGUCAGCAACAAGCUCAACAGCAGCAACAGCCUAACGGCGUCUAA